AUGUCACCUAUUGCUACAUCAAAUGUUGAUAUUGUGGACAUCCGCAGAAACAGCCUCGAAAGCUCGUUAGUGCAGGACAUUUAUCAUGGCCUCCAAGCCAAAGAGAAAAGUUUACCUACUUUACUGUUAUAUGACACCAAAGGACUUCGACUAUUCGAGGAUAUUACUUACCUAGAUGAAUAUUACUUGACGAACGCGGAGAUCGAGGUCUUGACAGCAAAUGCUGCCAAGAUUGCUGCAAUUAUCCCUGAGAAUUGUCAAUUAGUUGAGCUGGGGAGUGGGAAUCUGCGAAAAAUCGAGAUUUUAUUGAAUGAGCUUGAGCGAACCAAGAAGUCGGUAGAAUACUAUGCCCUUGACCUUUCGUUGGAAGAGCUUCACCGCACCUUCGCAGAGCUACCGUCGAAGAGCUAUCGAUACGUCAAGUGUGGUGGGCUCUGGGGUACCUACGAUGAUGGGCUCGCCUGGCUGAACAAACUCGUCAACAGAAACAAACCAACUUGGGUUAUGUCUUUGGGAUCAUCCAUGGGCAACUUUAAUCCUACGGAGGCUGCAGGCUUUCUUAGUGGAUUCGCCAGGAGUUUGGGACCAGUGGAUUCGAUGGUUAUUGCUUUGGACCCCUGCAAGGCCUCCGAGAAGGUGUUCAGAGCUUACAACGACAGCAAAGGAGUGACAAAGCAAUUCUACCUGAACGGGCUGUCCAACGCAAACACUAUCCUCGGCUUUGAAGCUUUCAAGCUGGGUGAAUGGGAUGCAAUUGGGGAGUUUGAUCAAACACAAGGGUGUCACAGAGCCUAUUAUGUUCCACUAACCGAUACCGUCAUCAGGGACAUUCACAUCAAGAAGGGCGAAAAGAUAUUUUUUGAGCAAGCCUUCAAAUUCGGAGCAGAUGAAUGCGAAAAGCUUUGGCGCGAAGCCGGUUUACAGCCAACCCGGAAAUUUGGCGACGAGUACAAUAUCUAUAUCCUGUCUUCUGCGUCUGCCACGAUGAAUCCCUAUCAGCUACCAACGAAGGGGCCAGAGUAUGUGAAGGGUGUCGUUCCAGCCCUAGGAGACUUUGAAGCAGUUUGGAAGCUAUGGGAUACGGUUACCACUGCUAUGGUGCCCCCUAACGACUUGCUAUCCAGGCCUAUUAAUCUGAGGAACUCUUUAAUAUUCUACCUAGGACAUAUCCCAGCGUUUAUGGAUAGACACCUUACAUGCGCAACUAGCGGCAUACCUACCGAACCGGCAAAUUUUCAUUCCAUGUUUGAGCGUGGUAUUGACCCUGACGUUGAUAACCCCGACCACUGUCAUGAUCAUAGCGCAAUUCCCGAUGAAUGGCCGGCUGUCGAGACCUUGGUUGAAUAUCAGCAGAAAGUCAGGGUGAGGGCGAAAUCUCUCUACUCUGACGCUAAGACGGGUGAUAGACGGAUCGCAGAAGCUCUAUGGAUUAGCUUCGAGCACGAAACGAUGCAUCUGGAAACUUUCCUUUACAUGCUUUUACAGAGCAGUAGCACCAUGCCUCCUCCGCUAGUUCCUGAACCGGAUUUCAAACAGCUAGCAUCUAACUCGGCCGAGAAGGCUGUCCCCAACGAAUGGUUUGAUAUUCCAGAGCAGACUCUGGAAAUUGGUCUAAAUGAGCCAGAAUCAGAUGAAAUUCCCAGCAAUUCCUUUGGAUGGGACAAUGAGAAACCACGACGGGUAGUCCAAGUACCAGGCUUUGUGGCCAAAGCUAGGCCAAUAACUAAUGGAGAAUACGCGAAAUACCUCGAAGAGAGAGGCAUUGGACAGGUCCCCGCAUCUUGGGUUAAAAAACAUACCGAGAAUGAAUCUACCAAUGACGGUAUAGAAACUCUCUCCUCCGGAAAUAGCUCUCAUAAUGUUGUCACCGAGUAUGCUGUUCGCACUGUCUUUGGCCCAGUGCCGCUGGAAUGGGUGUUGGACUGGCCCGUCGCUGCGUCUUAUGAAGAGUUAACCCAGUACGCAAAGUGGAUGAACUGCCGGAUUCCUACUUUUGAGGAGGUUAGAAGCUUGUACAAGUACUCACUUACCUCUCCUACCGGGACCAACCAUUCGACAAAUGAGCUCAGGCCCUCUACAACCGAAUUAAAGAAACCAGAGUACUGCACUAGCCAUCAGCCGGUGCAAACCCCUAUGAAAAUACAUGGACCAGUGUAUGUUGACCUCGAUGGCUGCAAUGUUGGGUUUACCCAUUGGCAUCCAACUCCAGUCACCCAGAAAGGGAAUAAACUCUGUGGCCAGGGUGACUUUGGAGGGUUAUGGGAGUGGACUAGUUCUACUCUACAGGCCCACGAAGGGUUUAAACCGAUGAGCCUUUACCCAGCAUACACCGCGGAUUUCUUCGACGGCAAGCAUAAUAUCGUUCUCGGAGGAUCGUGGGCAACUCACCCAAGGCUCGCAGGCCGCUCGACCUUUGUCAAUUGGUAUCAGCGAAACUACCCAUAUGUCUGGGCCGGCGCUCGUCUAGUGCGUGAUGAUUGA